AUGGGAAUCCACGAAGAUGUUCGACACGGAAUCGCGAUCGGGGGUACACUAAAGUCCUACAUCAGAAAGAACCCAAAUAUUCUUACCGAACAAGACCCGACAGAAGGUCUAACACCUCUAGCUGCAGCCGUAGUCGCGGGGCAGGCUGAACAAGUCAAACAGCUCCUCGAUAAGGGUGCCGACGCAGAUGCACGUUCCAGAAAUGGCGAAACUCCGUUGCUCCUUGCCGCCUGGAAAACCAACAACAAUCGCCCUCGAAUCAUCCAGCUGCUCCUGACGAAGACACAUCCUGAUUCAGUCGAUGCGACCUGUACUAUUGCAGAUAAAAAUACACCUUUGAUGUUUGCUGUUACGAAGGGCGACCUAGAGUCUAUAAGACUUUUACGGAAGGCAGGAGCCUCUAUAGAGUUGGAGAAUAAUAGCGAUCUAAACGCGGAAGAGAUGGCUCAUAUGAUAGGAGGUAAGGUGCCUCUUGCGCUUCACCCAGACACCGAGACAUGGGCACUUGGAAAGCUCUCUAGUUCCGCCUUAUCUUUCCUGCUCUCUGUGAUUUCCUGGGUGAAUAUCCACGUCAACGGUAUUGUUCGCCGGAUAUUUGGUCUGAACCCCACGCCCGACGAAGAUAUCGACAAGGAAAUUGAUAUCCUUGAGGACCCUAGCGGGGAAGAGCUUAUGGAAAGUAUCGGUAAAUUCGUCGACGAGAACCCCGUACUCGAACGUUUCUUCAAGGGCAAGGAAAACUAUAUAAAAGAGUUGGCACAAAGAGCAGUGGAUCUAGAGAAUGAUACGAGCACGUGUUUGGGAUGCAAAGAAACGCUACCUAAGACCAUCAAUGUAUCCUUGCAUCAACAAGUUUUGUAUUGUGACGAUAGCUCUUCUAUGAGGAGAGAAGGCCGUUGGGAGUCUCAGAAGUGCCUCGUCGAGAGAAUUACCAAGAUCACCACACGAAUCCUUCCCGAGUACGAAGGGGUCAUGCUACGAUUCAUCAAUCAGGAUGUGGACCAGUCUUCCAACUUAAACUUAGAAGGGAUCGGGAAAGUCCUCGAGUCUAUUUCAUGGAAGAAGGAAAAAAGUCACACACGGAUUGGAACAUACCUGAAAACCAAGAUUCUCGAACCCUUAGUUUAUAGCAAGCUCAACUCUGAGGGUGAGGCCCUCAACAGACCACUUCUCAUUUCCGUAAUCACCGAUGGCAUGCCUACUCAAGAGAGUCCCUCUGAGUUUGUGGAAGCGAUAUUAGAGUGUGGUGACAAGUUAGAACAGGCUGGGUACCCACGAAAGAGUGUUAAAUUCAUGGUUGGCCAAGUCGGCUCAGGGAAAGAUGCAGCAAAUUUUCUUGAUGGACUCAGAAGUAACAGUGAGAUAUCUGAAGUAGUAUACUGCACUUCAGAUCAGCUGGAUGUCAAAUUCGCGGAAUAUCAUGAUAACGAAUGGGAUCUAGACCAAUGGCUGAUUGAGACAUUAUUCUCGCCGAUCAAGGAUACUGACACGAAGAAAACUCAGUAA